AUGGACGACCUCGCCCAUGAAGCCCUCCCCUUCCAGUCCCUCCGUCGCAAACGCAAGGCCGACCCCGACGACUGCCAGCCCCAGGACGCCCCCUCCGACGCCCCCUCCUGCGAGCCCAUGCUCAUCGACUCCUCCGCCACUCCCCGAUGUCCUUCCAAGCGCACAGACCGUCCGCCCGCCCCUUCCUGGCUCCUCCCAGACGCCGACCACGCCAUCGUCUCCUCCUGGCCAGAGCAUCCCCCAUCCUCCUCCAUGGCCUACAUGUCGGGCUCCCACAAGGACAGCCCGUCCAGACCAAAGCGUCCACGCAUCGAGAUACCCCAGCCCACCCCCGCCUCCCCACGACGCCUCCGCAGAGCCCGUGGUCUCUACAGCCACGCUGUCCCGUCUCCCCGCAGAUACGUCCGCCGCGCGCGGGCCGGCGAGACUCGAGAUACAGGCAUCGUCUCGGCCACAGAACCUGGCCCCAGCAGAGGCUCUUUGUUACGUGUAAACAGCUUACCUUCUACUCCCCGUCACACUUCUUCUCUCCCCGUCUCCCCCGUCGACCCCAUUUCGCCUCAUAUACCCCCACAUCAGCCUCCCGUGAAUCGCGAGACGCUGAAAGAAUUAGACCUCGAAGCGAUCUUGCGCAAUCCACAGCUCCGUCAUGAUCUGCUUUUCGACUCGGGACUGCAGUUUCGUCCCACUUCCAGUCGCCGGAAGCGCGACAUGGCGGAUAAUUACUGGCUCGCCAUCGUCCGAGAGUUGGAGACGGGAUGUACCUGCUUCACUAUCGACGCCCACGGGCGGCCGUGCGAGCGGAUAUGCGUCUGCAGCACACCGCAUAUACCCACAGGCAGGCCCAUAUAUGCGGUCGCCUUGGACCAUCGCACGACCGUGCGGGUGGCUUCGCGCAUCCGGCCGCUUCUGCUAGAGCUCUUGGAAGUGCUGGUGUCGAUCAUCCAACCCGUCAUGGCAAAAUCGCCCGGCUUUUGCGUCCAGCCAACGUCGCUGCACUCGCAAUUCCAGCAAAACCUCACGCAUGUCGCACAACUCCGAGAAGUGCUCGACGCGGACCUCAUCCAACAGGAACUCGACCACGGCCUGUUCGAUCCCUCUGGGGUGUUUCAGACAAUUGGCGAUAUCAUUCGAUGCCAUUGUGCGCCCAUGCGGGAUCAUGCGGUCGACCAAAUGGUUGCCCUCGCGAGAUCGUGUGCACCAGGCGGCAACGGCAGUAAAGUCGAUGCCGUUCGUGCGAUUCGGUUGUGCUUCGAGAUCAUGGAGCUGAUGAAACUGGAUGUCGCCAACCAUCAAUUGCAGACACUAAGACCAUAUCUUGUCCAGUCGGCUGCGCAGUACGAGCUCAAGACGUUCCAGGAGAGCAGGCAGGGCGGUCACCUCUCGCUUGCGGUGACCCGCGAAUGGCUGCAAUCCGCACAUCGCGAGGUCGCGCGGCGUGCUGAGAUGUCCGGGCUGUGCUCCCUUUCCGCGGGCGACGGCUACACAAAACUUCCUCACAGAACGCAGAUUCAGAUAGCGGCAACCAGCGCGAUCGUAGAUCUAGUCUUCAACCCCCCUUCACCCCCACCAGCCUCCCCCGCCUGCUCUCCACUACCCUCUACCCCACGAACGACACCCACUGUGACGCUUUUCGCAGGGUAUCCCGAGACGCUUUAUCUUGAUCACGGACGCCUCAUGACACUCACCACCGAUGCGGCAGAUUUCACCGCCUUGUACAUGCUCCUGAUGCUCUAUCGGCAGCUCGUGUUCUCCGGUUGCUCUGUGCAGGGGGAUGCCGCGAGGACGAACGUGAAGCUAGAUGAGCUGCUGAAACUCAAAAAGGAGAUCUGGGAUAUCGGGCCUCCACAUCUUGGCUUGUGCUUCCAAGGCGCACGGCGGACAGCAAGCCACAAGGAAGCUGGUGAGCGAUUGGAAGGCAAGACGGAUGCGGAGUGGGCGAAAUGGCACAACGAUAUCAGCAACGUUGUGCUGCAGGUGGCCAUGCGGGCGACGGACGCACGCCAGCGGACGAGCGCUGGCGCCUCUUCGUCCUGCUCUGCGCACGAUAUCAGGACGCCGGACGAGCAGACGAUCAAGCUUGCGUCGAGCUGGACCGAAUCGAAUCUGCGGCACGAGGCGCCGCUGAGCAUGCUGAUGCGGAAGCGGAUACGCGAGCAGGUGCUGGAGGCGGCGGUGGAGAUCAUGGUUCCGUCGCUGAAGAAGGGCGGGCUGCCAGCAGAGGGUGGCGUGCAGCAGGAGCCCGGGGCGGCGAGCGGGCUGGAGCCACUGAUGCCGGAGAUCCGCCACCUGGCGGAGAGGCUCGCAAAACUGGCAUCGAUUCAUUUGAAUGUCUACGGGGCGCUGUACGCGCAGCCCGGCUUUGUUGCAGAUUGA